CUAUACACAGACAACAAGUAAGGUGCAAAAAUACAAGCCCUGAGGUCAAAAGGACACAUCCCAACCCCCUCCCCACCAUCACCCGUACAACUAACUGCCCGCCUUCAGUGAGGCGGGGGCCACCAGAUUCGGAGGGGGCGGAGGCGACGACAAAGCCGAGAAGACCGAGCCACGCCGGUGACCGUUCUCCCCCCCGCCUCCCCCCGCACACACUCCACACACACACCCCACACAAAACGCUGCGGUACCGCCCGCUCCCUCUCCGCCUCCGCGAGGCGGGGUCAGAGCUGAGCGGCACGGGCGGCGCUUUGCCUUUCGCCUCCUCAACUGCUUUGUCCCUCUGGGCGGCCCGUAGCGGCGCCGUCACGCCUGCCAUCAUGGAGGGAGCCGGGGCUUCCUCCGAGGCGUUGCGCUACGCCGAGUACGCUAGGGGCCCUACGGGCGCCGGCAAGGGCCAAACCGAGCUGGACCGGAGACUGGCCAGAUCUAUGAUAGCAGUUGGACUCGGUGUGGCAACUGUUGCAUUUGCAGGUCGUUAUGCAUUCCACCUUUGGAAGCCAUUGGGGCAGGCAAUUACAGAGACAGCAAAAAAGAUUUCAACUUCUAGUCUCUCAUUAUACUAUAAAGGAGGAUUUGAGCAGAAAAUGAGUAGGCGAGAAGCAAGUCUUAUUUUAGGUGUAAGUCCAUCUGCUGACAAGGCCAAAAUCAGAGCAGCCCAUAGAAGAAUCAUGAUCUUGAAUCAUCCUGAUAAAGGUGGAUCACCUUACUUAGCAACAAAAAUAAAUGAAGCAAAAGACUUGCUGGAGUCCAGUACCAAAAAUUGAAAUCCUAAGACUUGCAUCGCAGAAAAACAAAAUAAAAAAAACAGCAGAAAACACACACAAAACCACCUUGCUUCUUAUGCAUUUUUCUCUGGAAGAUUCAACAGAUACAGUGUGCAACAGCUUUCAUAUCUACUUGUUCUGCACAGUUGGUUAACAGUGUACUGGAUGUUUAUAUUGUUGAAAUUAAAGAUUUAAGACUAUUUAAAAACAAACUGAAUUCUUUUACAGCUAUGUCUCAGUUUUAGUGUAUUUCUAAUAAAUUCUGACACAGUGUAUUUCUACUGAAUUCUGACACAUUACAAGCUUAGAGAAUUCUCUUAAAAUGUUUUUCUUUGGAAGUAGUACUUCUGUGAAACUUGGAACUUCUAAAAAUUAAAUGUGUCUUGAAUAUAGACUUUACCUUCAUUGAUGAAGAUGAUAAUUGUCAGAAAAUGUGUAAUAAUGUAUUCAGUCAGUGCAUGGGGUCAUGGCAGACUCAUAUGGCAACUUUUCAGCAUCACCUUACAUACAGUGGAAAUGAAGAAGGCAUGUCCACAUGGUGUAGGGUCAGAUGGGUUUUUAUAAUCUGUUUAUUAGAUAAAUUAGUCAAAUCACACACUGGUGUGUGAUUGAUACAGCAGGGAGCAAACGUGGCUGAACCCCUUAAUAGCAGUUUCUUUGCUUAUUGCUUUGUAGACUUUCCAAGUUAGGUCUACAUUAGUUCUCACAUCACCCAGUUGUGGGUGGCCAUAUUUGUUUUUUUCCUUGAAAGGAUGAAAGAAUAUGACAGUUUUCUGUUGUUUUGUUUUUAAUAUAUUGCAUAAUUCCCAUUUUGUCACAAUUUCCUUGUAUUAGGGAAAGAUGACAAAAUUUAAUUUGACUCUGACCAAAAAUACUAAAUAUGGGUGAGUUAAAGACUUCCUGACAUAUAGUGUCAUUUCCUGACAAAAAAGGGUGCAUGGAGAAUCCUGCUUGGUAGUGGGCAUACACACUUGUGUCAUUUAACUAAUUCUGUAAUACAAAAGGCUUGUGUAUGAGCAGGAAAAAAAAACAAACAAAAAAACUAUGAGGGCUGUCACUGUGGGAGGAGAGAAGUGGGAUGGUGUCCCUAAUUUUCUGAAGUGGAACCUGUGUGUGAUCUGAGUCAUUGCCCAAAAUGAAAAUUGAUGUCUAUGUUAGGUAGCCACAAUAUUCCUCCUAAUAAUUUUGAACUGACAAGCUGUUGUUUUCACGUGAUUGCCUUUUCUUUUUGCUGAGUAAAAUGAAGUAUAGAGAGCUAAAGUAUCGGUUGAAACCAAUGCAUUGGAGAUUGCUAAUCUAGUUCUUCUCUUACAAAUCAACUUUCUAUAUCUUUAUAGGGAGUAUGUUUUUAUUUUUUGUGAGAUUGUGUUGUUGGUCAUUUUCUUCCUGAUCUCAUUAUUCGUACCUGAUUAUUUUGGAAGAAACACUUCUUUUUCUGGUAUUCAGUUAUGACAAAAGAUUGU